AUGGCUAUUGAUAAGUUGCGAAGCGAUCGGAGGCUCGGAGUAUGUAAAGGUGGCGCUAGCCUUAUCGGGGAAAUAACUCCGGUCAGCGAGGAACAUUCGGCAACGUCAAAUGACCCCACGCAAGUCACCGAGUCAGUGGCCGAUGAAGAUGGAGACGUGCAGAGCGAAGAACUGGAAGGAGCAGAAGAAAAUGCGCGUAUGACCGUUUCGCUAGAUGAAGAGGAUUACCUCUGGCCUCAAUUUUUUUCUCGGAUUCGCGAGACGCUGUACCUUGACUCAUCAUCAGCGCUCGGAGAACAAAAUAUCGGUUGCAUGCAAAUGAGCAACAACAACGAUUCCGUACACUCAACAGAGGAAGCUCACCGACUACACAAAGCGAUCAAUAGCUUUCCUCCACGGCCGGUAGCCGACUUUCUUGUCUCUGUUUGUAUCAAGCACGGUACAGACAAUUUCUUUUAUUUCGAUCAAGCGACUUUCCUAUCGGAUAUUGACCAAUUUUACACUGAUAGUAGAUCUCAUCUUAGACACGACUUUCGCUUUGUGUGCCUGGCCCUGGCAGCCUUUGCCCUGGGAAGUCAAUGGACUACACUCGAGAGACCAUCUGAAGCCCAGCAGAGUGUCAUCAUCCAACCAGAUUAUGGCGAUCCCGGAAAGAUAUUCUACAGCCAUGCCAAAACACUCGUACCUGAUAUUAUUGAGAGACCGAAUAUAGUGACUGUACAGGCUAUUUAUCUCCUAGGGGUCUAUCUUAUGCCCGCUAGUGCGAUUAGUUCAUCGUACAUUUAUCUCGGACUUGCGCUACGCACUGCUCUCACUAUCAACCUUCACAUGGACAAUUCAGACGAUGUGACGCUUUCCAGCACAGACAAGGAAAUAAGACGACGACUAUGGUGGUCAAUAUACUCUUUGGAACGAACCACGACCCUAAAGCUUAACCGGCCCCGAUCAAUUAGUGCCGACAUAAUCAGUGCUCCGAUCCCUUCGCCGUGUCCCAGUUUUGAUAAUGUUCAAAUAUUCGACAAUCACCUCCAUCAGAUAUUUUAUGCCAAGCUCGCCUUAAUCAUUGACCGUGUUGCCGAGUCUACGUCGCUGAAUAUGUGGCCUUCCGUUCAUAGCACUGGCACACAGACUUCAAAACACUGGUAUGAGACGAUUGAAGCGGAGCUAAAGUCAUGGAAGCGAAGUUUACCUUCAGACUUUUCGCUGCAUCUAAUUCAUUCCCGAGAUUCACGCUACCGGGCCGUAUUCCAUCUCCAUCUCCAAUAUUACUACGCCUGGAUUGCCGUAGGAAAAGUUUGCGUCGUUGCUGUUGUGCGCGAACAUCUUCGACAUCACAUGGCGAAGGAAAAAUCUCCUCUAUACAAAGAUCAGAACAUCCCUUCUCUUGCGAAGCAUUGCAUCAAAGCAGCAAAAAAGCUACUUCGUCUAUUCGAAAACAUCACCAAAACAAACAAUCUCACACGGUUCUCUUUUACUGAUUUUCAGGGUUGCAGUAUAUCGACAAUUAUUGUUUUAUUGGCGGGUAUAAUGAACAGGGAUCCUGAAUACGAAGCGCAGGUCAACUUUGGCUUGGAGUCUCUGAGGAAGAUGGCCGAUGGGAACAAGAGUGCCAGGACUGGUGUGCGAUUUGUUGAGAUGUUGCGGUCCACUGCAGAUGAAGCCGUGGUGAAGUUAAAGCAGACUAUGGAUCAGUCUCGAGUACAGCAAGAGUCGGAGAGAGAGGCCAAUGAAUCUCGUUAUAUCCAGUGGGCCGAGUGGUUGGUCGGGGCGGAACAUAAUAUGCAUGGCACUGAUGACAGUAGCCAUAGUAUGAAGGAUACUUCGUCAGACACUCGGAUCGAUUCGACAUUCAGCACAGUGCAGAAUUCCUCUUCUACAGGCACACAUGAUGUGGGCUACCACUGGCAGACGCCUGUGUCUCAUCCUUCGAUGGCACUGUCCCCUUCCAUUCUAGAUAAAGAUACACUAACAGCACCAAGGCCAAGACCACACACAAAGGAGUCAAAUGCUAGUUUAGUCUACGUGCCAAACGGCACUGGGCAUGAAACUCAUCAGUCAUUGCACACCCACAGUGCAUUAGAGGCUGCAAACACUUCCUUACAAUGGCUGCAUGGAGACGAUCAAACUUUUCUUACGUGUCUCACUGGGUUCGAUAUGUUGGAUUUUGCAGAUUGGGCUGGACCAGUAGAAUCGGCAGAUGGGUAA